CUGGCGCGUUACCUAAGUCAGACAGCAGCUUUUCUGUCCGUCCAGCUGGCUAACCGGGACAUUAUUUUGUAUUAACACAGAGGCCGAAGCUUCCACGUUUGAUUUAUUGAGCGGUUUGGACUAUUUGUAAAUGCGUGACAGUUGUCAAAAUGUUUGGAUAAGACCGAGCAAGUUUGGAAGUUGGGAGGAAUACUUUGCGGUUUUCGGGUGUCCCGAGAAUAAAACGUUCACAGUACUGAAGAGUUUCUGGAUUUGCUCGUCUAGAUCACCUUCAUUCACUAGAACGCCUUCUUUUUUUUCCAGCCAGCCACAGUCCUCCAUCAGGGCUAUGAGUGCAGAGGAGCAGGACCGGCUGCGCUGCCUCUUUCACGUCUACGACGUUGACAACUCCGGGCGCAUCGAGAGAAACGAGUUCCUCACCAUAUGUGCGGAACUGCAGGUGUCCGUGGCCGAGGCGGACCGAAUAUUUAACCGACUGGACGUUGACAACGACGGAACCAUCACCCUGCCGGAGUUCAUCAGCGGCUUCCGCUACGGAGAGGUCAUGGACUCGGACGGAGGAGACGUGUCCGCCGCUUGGGAGAACUUCGAGAGGAGGCUGGGCGAGCAGGCCAAGUUCAUCCCUAGGAAUGAAGAAGCAGCUACGUUGUACCAGAACAUCAGUCUGACUGAGCCCAGACUGAUAAAUCUGUUUGAGAAAGUCAUCACAAACUUCACCAAAAAGAUCAAACAGCAGAACUCAGAAAUGGAGAACCUGGCCCUCACUAUCAAACGAGUGCAGGACCAAGCAUCAAUGCAGCUCAGUGAAAUGGAUGAUGAGAUUGACCAACGCAUUCAUGCUGCUGAGAGAAAAAACACGAGAGAGGAGAAGCAGCAAACAGAGGCCGCACUGAGUGAAUUACGGAGAAGUUAUGAAACUGAAAUGUGUGAGCUGCAGUGUAAAAUCCAGAGGAUGCAGAUGAUAGAAGAGAACUACAAGAACAUCACUGUGAAAGACGAGAGCUCGGCUCUGAAGAAGAAGAUCAAUGAGCUAAUACUGGAGAACCAGCGGUUAAAACAGGAGCUGAUGAAGUCUCAGACCGAAGUCGCCUGUCUGCGCAGUGAGAUGGACUCACUAAAGACGGAGCUAACCGAUCAAAGCAUCAGCUUGGAACGAGACGAGGAGUUAAUAAAACACUUUUCUGAUGAGCGAGACGUCCUGGAGAGUCAGAUCGAGAUUCUGCACACAGCCAACAGGAAGCUGCAUGACAGCAACGAUGGACUGAGAUCUGCCUUGGAGAGGACCUCAAGGUCUAGUAACGGUGGAUCACCAGGAGAAAUAAACAGAAGCAGAAGUAGAAGCAUCUGUUACACAUCACCUUAUCCACUAUUGGACAGGUCAUUUCCUGACCUCUUCCCCAGGUUUGGCCAACAUAUGGAUGAUUUCCCUCUGUACAGCCGCCGGCCCAAUUGUGACACACUGGCCUUGGCCAUGUGUGACCCAGGCCUGAGGCGCAGACACAGCAGCGAGUGCGAGGAGGACAGUCUGCCUGAGAUCUACGUGGACAGCGGCCUGUCAACACUUAGAGGUUCACACAGAGGCUACGACUCAGAGCAGGAGGUCAAAGGUCAAGAAGAAGAAGAGGAAGAGAAGGAGAAGGAGAAGAAAGUGGAGGAUGACAACAAUGAUAGUUUGAUGGAGAAAAACUCUGACACUGAACCAGCAGAGACUCAGGACAGUGAAUCAGCAUUUGGGUCGGACAGCAGCUCAGUUUUGGACUGGAAGCCAUCUGAACCCAUUAGUGUGACCAAACCCCCAGCCCCAACUAUUCGGAAAGCCCUCAGUGCCAUCAGUGUGCAGAAGGAGGACCAGAACAGCACUGACCUGGGCUACAUGACAUCCGAGAAGGCCUACAGGAUCGUGUUGGCUGGAGAUGCUGCUGUGGGAAAGUCCAGCUUCCUGCUUCGCCUCUGCAAGAACGAAUUCAAAUUAAACUCCAGCACAACACUGGGAGUGGAUUUCCAGAUGAAAACACUAAUCGUAGAUGGAGAGCCCGUUUCACUACAACUAUGGGACACUGCAGGACAAGAGAGGUUCCGCAGCAUUGCAAAGUCGUAUUUUCGCCGGGCAGACGGUGUGUUGCUGCUGUACGAUGUCACCUGUGAGAAGAGCUUUCUUAAUGUUCGAGAGUGGGUGGACAUGAUCGAGGAUGUGUCCCAGGAGGAUAUUCCCAUCAUGCUCGUCGGUAAUAAGUGUGAUCUUAGACAAGAUGUAGCUAGCUGUGUUCCUACCAGCUAUGGAGAGAAACUGGCCAUGACAUACAACACUCUAUUCUGUGAAACUAGUGCCAAAGAUGGCUCCAACAUCCUGGAGGCUGUGCUGCACCUGGCCAGGCAGGUAACAAAGCAGGUUGCUUUUGAUGAGAAAAGUCACUAUCAGUCGCUGCCCAAUUUAGAUGCUCCCAGGAAGAAACCAAACUUCUCCUGCUGCACCUGAUCAAAUUCAUCAGAGCUGGACCUCAUCACAGGUGGGAAAAGGACUACAAAUGCAGAAACCUGCCAAACCACGAAAUGAGCUAUAAUCUCUGCAGAACUACAGUAACAGGAACAAAUCAUUGUUGUAAAUAACCAAAACAAUUUAACAUAUGGAUUAAGUGAGCAAACAAUUGUGGGAUGCACAGCAGAAUACCCGCUACUCUCUUUUUUUCAAUUCAAAGUUAUUUGAACAUGACUUGAGCUGUAUUUUAGACACACUUUUUUAUUUCAUCAAUAUUUAAGUCAGUGUAAACUUCUUGCUAUGUGAAACUUAUGUUAAUUUUUUAUCAAGCUAUUACACAUAUUUAAGUAAGUAAGUUUCUUUGCCCAGGCUGGCACUGCCAUGUUGUGAAUAUAUUCCAAGCUAAUCAUGGAAAGAGAAAGACAGCUGUGAAAGUGAAGUAAAAUGUCAGAAGAAUUUGAAUGUAAAACCAAGUAUGUGAGUAUGUUUUUAAAGUGACAUUAGUAUGUGAUGCUGACAAAUACCUGCAUGUGAUAGAGGACAGAUGUUAGCAUAUUGUAAUGGUGAGGAAAUAAGAAAAAUAAGAAUAGAUUGUUAUCUGGUUAUGAUAUUUACUGUGGCACCUAUCUAAUCUAAUCAAACCAGCCUCAAUCCUCUGUAUCAGGUCCUGAAAGGAAACACAAGUAUGUUGUUUGCGGAUGUCAAACUUUGAACUGCAAUGAUGGCCGACAUGGAGACAAUAAGAAUUAUGGGAGAACUUAAAGCAAGAGCUUUGUCGUCAUUCAUAAACAAUGAACCCUGGUGAAAUGUGUGGUUGUACUGUAUGAGACUUCACGUUAAUGUCACAACCCACUGUCUAUACAAUAUUACCCCGCAGUGUUACAUUCCUUAUAAUUUGACUUCCCACUGGGGAGGACUGUCUGUUAUAGAAGUUAUAUGUUUGGAGCUGAACGUAUAGCACAUCAUGAAUGCAUUAAAUAACUACUGUAAUUCUAUUUUCUGGUAUGAGUUAUGAAAAAAAGAGAGGUGGCAGGAACCAGAGUCCUUAUUUUUAUUCCUCAGAUGCAUGACUGUAAUUCUGUUUAAAUAUGUACAUUUAAUUUUAGCAAUAGAGUAUGUCUUAUUAUUAUUUGUUAAUAAUCAUAUUAUCAGCUUACUGAAGGGCAGUGUGUAAAGAUGUCAAUAAACUUUAAAUGAAAUGCUUGUUGGA